UCUAACAAAAAAUUUAAUUAGUGAUUUCAACUGUAGUUUUCUGCACCUAAAAAUUCAUUUACAGGGCUUUUUUUUUACUUGUCAAUCAGAAAUGUAAAAUUACAUUCUAAAUUUGUGUUAAAAGAAUUUGUUAGAGUUCAGAAAUCAAGUAACAUGGUUUCUCCAAGGCGAGGUUUAGAAAGAAAGAAGGCAAGAGUAUAAAUAACUGGUAUUUGAAGUUUGGUGUAGUUCAUAAAUCAACAAAACAUGAUGAACCCAAAUCUCAGAACAGACCCUUCCACCAUUUACAACCUUCUCAAGUCCUACGCACUUUCCCCCUCAACCAUCCUCAAAGCCCACCACCUCUUCCAACAAAUCCACCGACCCACCUUGUCAUUUUGGAACCUCAUGAUCCGUGGCUGGUCCCUCAGUGACCAACCCAUCGAAGCAAUUAGCUUGUACAACCUCAUGUAUCGCCAAGGCCUGUUGGGUGACAACCUUACUUACCCUUUUCUCUUCAAGGCCUGUGCUCGAGUUCCUCAUGUUCCUUGCGGUACAACGCUUCAUGGUCGCGUUUUGAAACUUGGGUUUGAACCCUAUCUCUUUGUUUCCAACGCCUUGAUUCAUAUGUAUGGCUCUUGUGGCCAUCUGGAUUUUGCUCGGAAGGUGUUUGAUGAAAUGCCUGAAAGGGACUUGGUUUCUUGGAAUUCGUUGAUUUGUGGGUAUGGUCAGUGUAAGAGGUUUAGGGAGGUGUUGGGUGUUUUCGAAGCGAUGCGGGUGGCUGAUGUGAAGGGUGAUGCUGUGACGAUGGUGAAGGUUGUUCUUGCAUGCUCUGUUUUGGGUGAGUGGAGUGUUGCUGAUGCCAUGGUUGACUACAUUGAGGAAAAUAAAGUGGAAAUGGAUGUUUACUUGGGGAAUACCCUGAUUGACAUGUAUGGACGGCGCGGUUUGGUGCACCUGGCUCGUGGAGUUUUUGAUCGGAUGGAACGGAGAAAUUUAGUUUCAUGGAAUACCAUGAUUAUGGGUUAUGGGAAAGUAGGAAACUUGGUUGCUGCGCGGGAGUUGUUUGACUCUAUGCUGCAGAGAGAUGUGAUAUCAUGGACUUCUAUGAUCACGGGUUACUCUCAAGCAAGCCAGUUUACGGAGGCAGUGAGGCUCUUCAAGGAAAUGAUGGAAGCUAAGGUGAAACCGGAUGAAAUAACGGUUGCCAGUGUGCUUUCUGCAUGUGCUCAUAUUGGUUCACUUGAUGUUGGGGAGGCUGUUCAUGACUACAUACGGAAAUAUGAUGUGAAAGCUGAUGUUUAUGUUGGCAAUGCCUUGAUAGAUAUGUACUGCAAAUGUGGUGUAGUUGGGAAAGCAUUGGAAGUGUUUAAAGAAAUGAGGAAGAAAGACUCAGUGUCAUGGACUUCGAUCAUUUCAGGCUUUGCAGUUAAUGGCUUUGCAGAUUCAGCACUUGAUUAUUUUUCCCGGAUGUUGAGGGAAGGUGUUUGUCCAUCUCAUGGUGCCUUUGUUGGAGUAUUGCUAGCCUGUGCUCAUGCUGGAUUGGUUGACAAAGGAUUGGAAUAUUUUGAAAGUAUGGGAAAAAUUUAUGGACUGAAACCUGAAAUGAAACAUUAUGGAUGUGUUGUGGAUCUUCUGAGUCGCUCUGGAAAUUUACAAAGGGCAUAUGAAUUCAUAAAAGAGAUGCCUGUGACUCCAGAUGUGGUAGUGUGGAGGAUAUUGCUGAGCGCUUCUCAGGUUCACGGAAAUGUUCACUUGGCUGAGAUUGCCACAAAGAAGCUUCUUGAACUGGAUCCUUCUAAUAGUGGUAACUAUGUACUUUCCUCUAAUACUUAUGCGGGCUCGAAUAGAUGGGAAGAUGUCGUUAAAAUGAGAGGACUGAUGGAUAAGAGUAAUGUUCAGAAACCAUCAGGUAGCAGUUUCAUAGAAAUAAAUGGUCCAAACAGUUCUCAAGAUUCUUCUAUGAAACAUCAACAGAAGAGUGAAUUAACUGUUCUCUAGAAGAUUCAUUUUUUACUUCAUAAAUUGAAUUCAUUUCUGGGACAGCACGUGCAAUGUACAGGAUAAACCAAAAGGUCUGAAAAUUUUGAACCUGACCUGAUGGCCUUAUCAACUUCAAUUUGUCAAGCAAGUGACUUGAUUCUAAUUCUUAUCUGAUGCCAUGGAGCACUACUUUGAUGGAGAACUAGUAGUUUCCUUUGAUGGAGCACUACUUUGAUUCUAAUAACGGAUUACGGAUGGAAUUGCUAAUUGGGCAUAUGUUUUAUUUUGUCUUGCGACGAGUUUUCUCCGGUUCACUGGUUAGAGACUGAUUAUGCUCACGGCAAUCAAUCCUGGAACAUGCCCGGGUUUAUUCGAAAUGCAGAACAGAGUUGUGUUCAUGCUCUCAAAUGAUGCACUUGAACAGGAAAAAGCAUGGUUUAUCAUGAAACUUCGGUCAAGGACUCGCAACUAUAUUAUACAAAACAUCCGUUCUGGUAUUUAAAUAUGCGCAAUAAAUGUUAGCCUGAUUGCGCUUGUUCUAUUGGUUGAGAUCGUGUUGAAGGCUUAAAUAUUAAGAAAGAAUUAUUAGGCAACCAGAACAUCUCUUGUUGUAGAAAGCUCUGGGGCAUGUCUUCAAGCACACUUGUUUUAUUGAUUCUUUGACAUUUUUAUACAUAAUACUGGAUCAAGUGAACUCCCACUGUUUAAAGACUUCAUCUUUUCCCGCGGGAAUGCAUACGCCCCAAAGUCCCACCACUCCCAACUUUUAUACAGUUAAAAAAAAUUAGUUUGUUGAAUAAAGUGAAUCCUGUGAUCCUAAUCAACCAAACACUU